AUGCCCACCACAGAUUAUGUGCAUGGCACCUCCUUGAUAAUGCUAGAAAACAUGUGCAUAUUCCUGCAUUCAUUGCGAGCUAAGGAAUGCAUGUUUAUGGAGCUGGAUGUAUCUGAGUUUGAAGAACUAUGGGCUGCUACUGUGAUAAAGUUUGGGCUGGAAGAAAAUACUUGGGUUCAGGAAUUAUAUGAGAGAAGGAUGAUGUGGGCCGCUGCUCACAUGAGGGGCAUGUUCUUUGGUGGAUUUAGGACCACCUCGCGAUGUGAGGCGUUGCAUUCACAAAUUGGUAAGUUCGUCAAAAAGCGUUAUGACCUAACUGAAUUCGUAGAACACUUCCAUCGUUGUUUGAACUAUCUGUGCUAUAAGGAAAUAGAGUCUGACUUUAACUCUUCGUAUGGGAAGAUAGUGUCGAAAACAAAAGUAAGGGAUUUAGAGAAGUCUGCAGCAGCUCAAUUUACGAGGGGUGUAUUUUUCAAAGUCAGGACGUUACUUGAAAAGGUUGGUACAAUGAUUGUGUUAGGCUUUGAGGAUAACAUGACAUGCACUAAUUACAAAGUAACUAACUAUCCUGCAAAGAACAAAUUGUGGGAUGUGUCGUAUGAUGAGUCGACCGUCCAAUUGACUUGUUCAUGUUAUAAGAUGGAGACACAUGGGCUUCCUUGUGAUCACUUAAUUGCCGUGGUGGUGUAUUUGGGUUUCAAGAAACUGCCCACGUGUCUUGUGCUUGAUAGGUUGACCAAAACUGCUAAACAUGGAAUUCGGGCUGCAUAUAAUGAUGACACGUUGUAUUGGGAUUCACACAACUUGUGUCAAUACUCAUCCAUGGUUGAUCAUUGCCACUACAUGUGCAAUUUGUCUCUAGUUAAUGAUGCAGAGGUUAAUGAGACACGAGACCUGAUUGCUAAGCGUGUCCAAUUUCUAAAACUCAAGUAUGAAUUUGUUGUGGCUCUUAAUGGUGUUGUUGGGGGGGGGGUAGGUUCUGUGCGCUUGGGGAACCCUACCCCAGCUGUUAGAGAUGAUCUAACGCGUGCGUCGAAGACAAGAAGUCGGCGGCAGAAUAGAUGCAGUCGAUGUAAGGUGGCUGAACACAACAUAAAGUCAUGUCCUCAGGGUAUGACUGGUGUGGCUGGCACUUCUCAUGCUGAUAGUCAGUAA